GAGAAAAUGGCGGAAAACUGUAAUUUAGUUCGAACCGUUUGAAACGUUGAUUCUUUGAUCGUUAAAGGUAGAUCUUCGCUCUUGUGGUGAAAAUAUCCCAUAUUACCAUGGCACAACCAAAGAAAAUUACACAAGAAACAUUUGAUGCGGUUGUAAGAGAGAAUAUAGAAGAAUUUGAAAUGGAUUUGCACGAGGCUAUAGAAGAUGCGAAGGAUCAGUUUAAAACUCAGGGCGUUGACUCGUCGAACUUGAUCACAUCAUAUAUUCAAGAUCCAGAUACAGGUGAACUUAAACACAGCAAUCCUGUGAAAGAUGCCUUGGACAUGAUACAGACAUCUUUACAAGAGGAUGAUUCCCAAUUACUCUGGAAAGGAUUGCAGGAUUUCUCCACUGAAUGCGAUAAGAGCGAAAGUAACAGAAAAUUUGCAGCAAGCAGAGAUGCCUUCAAAUUACUCUUCUCCAGUUGCAACCAUUGUUACUUAGUGAAAAACAAGGAUAACCUUGCUGCCAGUCUUGAUGCUUUGAGCUCAUUUUUGUGUGGCCAAGGAGAUCUUGCUGAUGUUAAAAUGAUUGAAUUUCUCUCAAACUGUUUAAAAGAACUUAAAGAAGAGAUUUUAGUUGAAAAAAUUGUUAAAACUGUAAGAGUUGCUUGCAUCAAGAGUGAAUCGAAUCGUCAGACUUUUGUUGUUAAUGGUGUCAUACCUUGUUUAGUCGCUAUUUUGAAAGAUUUCAGCCAGUCAGGAAAAAUCGUGAAGGAAACAUGCCUGGCCCUGCGUGUUUUCACAUUUGAUGAUGACAUGAGUGUAGCUUUUGGGAAAGCACACGAGCAUGCCAAGUUGAUUGUGGCAGAAAAUGCAUUUGGAGUACUGUUGGGUAUCAUGGAACAUUACAAAGACGUGGAGGUGGCAAGUGAGUUAUGUGUCACCUUGAGUCGUCUGGCAGUGAGGAAUGAAUACUGUAAGGACAUAGUUGAUAUGGGUGGACUGAAGAUGGUUCUGAAGUUAUUACAAGACCAUACUUCUAACCAGAAUAUUUCUAAGCAGGUUUGCACUCUUCUAAGAGCCAUAGCUGGAAAUGAUGAUGUCAAGACUUCCAUUGUUGAUGCUGGUGGCCUGGGACUCAUCGUUGCUGCCAUGACGACUCAUGCUAAGCAGCCAACAGUAGCGGAACAAGGAUGUGCAGCUCUAGGUUCUAUUGCUUUGAGAAGCCCCCCUAACUGUUCAGCUAUUGUUGCUGCUGGAGGGGUAGAAGCCAUUGUCAAGGCUAUGCAGAUUCAUCCUGAUGUUGCUGGAGUACAGAAACAUGCCUGCCUGGCUCUGCGCAACCUGGUGGCUCGUAAUCCUGAUCACUGUGACAUCAUCCUUGAAGCGGGAGCUGAAAGCUUGAUCAGGAAAGCACAUGGCAAGAUGGGUGAUUGUGAGGAUUUAGCUAAAGCAGCUCUCAGAGAUCUUGGUUGUGAUGUGGAACUUAAAGAGCUUUGGACUGGAACAGGACAAGGCAAGGUUCAUCACUGAUUUGAGAGAGCUCAAAGCUUUUUAACCAAUCAAAUUCAACCAUAAAAAGAAUCACUACUUUGUCAAUGACAAAUCCAGUGCCAUUUGCUUGUUUUGACUGCAAGUUCUCCUCGGCUUCUUUUCAUUUUUUUUUGUUUUUUUUUUUGACUAAGACUGGUUUUUGUAAUCACUGACAUUGGUUUUGAAUUCAGACAUUACCCUGUAAAAAGGGCUAUUGAUAAUUGUAAGGUAACAGUGCCUUGCCUAGUGUUUUUGUCAUAGUAGUUAUCAUGAUUCAACCAAGGAAAAUCAAAGCAUUAAUUUGAUUGCUUGCAUAGUUCUCAUUUUGCACCAAACUGUGAGAAAACUGUGGACUCACUUUUGGUGUGACCAAGCCAUACAAGAAUGUGUGUUAGUUAGAACUCAUCAUCAGCCUAUAUUUAACAUUGUUUUAAAAUAAGAUAUUUAAUUGCAUUAGAGUGUAUUAAAUUGUAACAAUUUUAAAAUCA